CUGGCCCCGCCGCGGCCAGUCGGCGUGCUCCUGUGGUGGGAGCCUUUCCGAGGGCGCGGUGGCGCCGUGAAACCGCCCCCCAACUGCUGGCUGCGCUUCAGCAUCAGCGGCUGCCGCCUGCUCACCGACCGCUCGGCCUACGGGGAGGCGCAGGCCGUGCUUUUCCACCACCGGGACCUUGUGAACGGGCCCCCCGACUGGCCUCCGCCCUGGAACGCCCGGGGGCGCACUGCUGAGGAGCUGGAGCUGCAAAUGUUAGACGACGAGGAGGAAGCGGCAGCUGAAGCCGGCGCGGUCCCGGGCCCCAGGCCCCCGGGCCAACGUUGGGUGUGGAUGAACUUCGAGUCGCCCUCCCACACCCAUGGACUGGGAAACCUGGCAGGCAACCUCUUCAACUGGACGCUUUCCUACCGGGUCGACUCGGAUGUCUUCGUUCCUUAUGGCUACCUCUACCCCAGGACCCACCCCAGCGACCAGCCGCCGGGCCUGGUCCCGUCGCUGGCCCGGAAACGGGGGCUGGUGGCCUGGGUGGUGAGCCACUGGAACGAGCACCAGGCCCGAGUCCGCUACUACCACCAGCUGAGCCAGCACGUGUUCGUCAACGUGUUCGGCAAGGGCGGACCAGGACGGCCCUUGCCAGACAUCGGGCUCCUGCACACGGUGGCCCGCUACAAGUUCUACCUGGCUUUCGAAAACUCGCAGCACCUGGAUUAUAUCACCGAGAAGCUCUGGCGCAACUCGUUGUUGGCCGGCACAGUGCCCGUGGUCCUGGGGCCGAACCGUGCCAACUACGAGCGCUUCUUGCCCCGCGGCGCCUUCAUCCAUGUGGACGACUUCUCUAGUGCAGCCUCGCUGGCCGCCUACCUGCUCUUCCUCGACCGCAACCCGGCUGUCUACCGCCGCUACUUCAACUGGCGCCGGAGCUACGCGGUGCACGUCACUUCCUUUUGGGACGAACCCUGGUGCCGGGUCUGCCAGGCUCUGCAGACGGCUGGGAACCGGCCCAAGAGCAUACACAACUUGGCCCACUGGUUUGAGCGAUGAAGCUGCCUUCCCCUGGGUGCGACCCAGGAAAGUCAAGUCUUCAGCUUUUUGAUCCUUUGUGCAUGUCUUUGACUGCCAAAUCACAGGACUAAGUUCUCGAAACAUUUGUUUGCUAUAUAGGGAAAAUGACUUACCGGUUAAUGUACAGCACAAGGACGGGUGGGAAGGAUCCUGGGCUAUCAUGUUUUUUGCACGACUAGGAGCUGGGCUCCCUCUGUUGUUUGUGGGCUUCAGGAGUGGUGAGUGGUUCUUGCCCAUCUUGUAGCGUGUGCAGAGGAGAAGAAAUAGCAUAGCUACAAGAAGCCGUUGAGUCUCUGGCUCCAUAGUUGUGGGCCGCGCUUCCAAAUAUCGUACACACGGCUCGCCAUCUCACGUAUCCCUGGUCCCUGAACUAACGUGAAGCAAACCCCUGGUUAUAGAAAGAGCCAUGUUUCAGGACACUGGAAGGACUGUGGCCACAAGUGAGUCUUUCUCUUUGUUGGUUGGAUUCUUCAGCUUCUGAGGAAGAAGCCAUCGACACUUUUUGUUCUCUUGCCGUAUGAAUGGAAACAAGAUGCUGGAUUUCCUUGGAAGGGAGUUGAGAUGGACAUAUAGGUGUGCCCAACUUUACACAAGAAAUGUGUUCCUGAAAAGCGGCAUCUAAAUCAAAUUCCAAGUUGAGUGCCCCAAGGAAGUUCAGUAUUUAAAGGAACCCUGUGGAGAAUCCCUUUACAAUGUGAAAAAUCAUCUCCUAAUUUAUUCUGUACCUUUCUGCUUUUCUAUAACCUGGAUUUUUUAAAAAGCAUACGAAAAUUACAGAUGUGAAAAUAAGGCAGAAGCAGCCGCCUUCUCCCUUCUUCCCAGAAAACCAGCCUGUGUUCACAAACAGCAAAGAAGGAAGCUGCAGUGUCACCUUCCGCAGCACUAUUUAUUUCGUGUCUUUACUGGACCUCUAGUUUAAACUAGAAUGUCAGUCUUGGCAGGGAUGCUGGCAUUACCUUGUCUGCAGAGCAUUGAAAGACAUUAUAUUGCCUUAUGGAAUCACGCAAAAGGAAAACUGAGUUUCAUGGUGUCUGUUAGUGGCAGUUUUUAUGUUUCUGUCAAUUAAAUGCUUAGUUCUUAGGGAAUGGAACUAAAUCAGUGCCUACAAUUAACUUCUCUGUCUCUUGUUAAAGGUUAAAUCUGGAUUUCUCCUUGGUACCAGCAGGUUUCCCUCCUAGUCUGCAUAAUAGUACAGUACAGUGUAUCCUCACAUUUCUUAUAUCCUUGAGACUGUGCCAUGGGACCAACCUUGAAAAUCUAUGCAUUAACUUUAAAAGUUGUUGAAUGAGUAACAUAUUUAACAGUCUACUCUGUGCCAAACAAUGGGAAGAUAGAAAAAUGUAUAAGGCAAGGUCCCUCUCUUAAAGGUUCUUAUAGUCUACCACUGCCCAAAAUUGGUAAACUCUGAUAAAACAGUUGGCAAAACCUAUUUGUUUGAAUUGGCACCCUUCAUCAUGUAGACCAUAAAUCAAUUAUUAGAAAGUCAGUUGAUUUAUUAAAGUCUGAAAUAAUGUUUUUUUUUUCCUCUUUAUUAUGAAAGGACCCUCUGUGACUAAUAACCGUGGCUAGUAUCCAAGAUUAAUUAGUUUUAUACAGAGUUCUGCUCUAAACAUUAAUUUUGCAUUUGAUUAGAACAGUUUGUCUUAAAGGAUUAUUUUUAUGUGCGUUUGGUUGCAGGCUUACUUGAAAAACUCUUUUAAUUAUAGGUGCCUUGAUUCUCUCUUUUCCUUACAAGGAGAAAUUAAAAUUUGUGGAUAAAAUGUUCCUCGGUAGGGUAUUAUAGUGUGGGCAGAAUCACAAUGAGUGUACCAACCAUCCAUCUAAUAAAGAUAAAGUUCUAUCCUUAAAAUGAGUAUUCAUGAGAUACUGGCCAAUUAUCUUGGUGUCAUUGGGAAUCUACACGAGACAGCGGGAGAAGGCUUGGGUUUUGAAGGUAAUCUGGUUUAGAAUCGAAGUCCAGCUGUGUGACCUUAGGCAAAUUAGUUAAUAACUCUGAGCCUCAGCUUCCUCAUCUGUAAAAUGGGGAAGGAAAAUACUUCACAGCUCCUUGUGAGCAUUUCAGGAAAUAAAAUACGGGAGAAUGCCUAACACAUAGUAAGCACCCAAUUUUCCCCCCUUCUCAGUACCGAUUUAUACAAGGAAAGCUUAAAUCUCAAGGUAUGUUACAUCUCAAAUAAAAAAGGAAGAUCCAUCAGUCUCUCAUCAGACUCAAGUAUUUCAAAUGAGUCCCUGAAGCUAAGCCAUAUUAUUUUAAGAAUCAUCAUUGCCAUUUAAAUUGAGCUUAAAUUUAUUUGCAGACUAAGAAGAAGCAACUAUGCUUCCCUUGGAAAAAAAAUUUUUUGUUUUGGUUAAGCUGUAUAGUUAAAUAAGCCUAAUGUACAUAUACUGUAUCUAUUACUUUACUAGUGGUCUUAGUAUCAAGUCCGUUUAAAACUAACCACAUAUUUAUUGAAUAUUUAGCAUGAAGAAGGCACAAUUGCAAUCUUAUUCCUAUGCAAAUUUUGGUAUGGAACAAAUAGACUGUUUUUUUAAGCUAAUCUCUUCAAAGAAAACCAACUGCCGUAGAGUUGAUUCCAACUCAUAGCGACCCUAUAGGACAGAGUCGAACUGCCCCAUAGUUUCCAAGGACUGGCUGGUGGAUUUGAACUGUCAGCCUUUUAGUUAGCAGCCAUAGCACUUAUCCACUAUGCCAUCAAGGUUUCCAGUCUCCUCAAAGAGCAAGAGAAAUGUGUCAAUUGCUCAUUUUGUUAUUUUUUAUGUUCUAAAUUGAGUAGGUUCAAAUGCCUUAAUAUAAAAAUGCAUAUGAAUGCAUCUCAUAUAUUUCAAAAUAUGUUUCCUAUGAUUGUCAUGCUCUUCCUUUAAGAAAUAAACAUUUCUUUUAAAUAUGUUACAAAUUUAACAAUAUUUUUAGCACUAGAUGACUCUAAUUACUUGAGUGCACCUGGAAUGAUGCCAAGGAAUCAGGACAGUCUGACUUGCUUUGCAGUUUCUUUGCAGAUUCUUUACAGUUUCCAAGGCUUUUCCUGGCAAUAAUUUAGGGGAGACAGAGUGGCUUCAUGGUAAGAGUUUGCAAUUUGGAGUCAGAACCUGGGUACAUGGCUCUGCCACUUUCUGCCUGUCUGGCUGUGAUUAGGCAAGUUACCUAAACUCUCUGAACUCUCUGACUCGUAACCUCCUUUGUAAUGCAUGAACACCCCUACAAAACAAGGAUUAAAUGUGAUGAUGUACACCAACGUGCUAGGUACAUUGUCAAGUACUGUACAAUUACAGGAUGCUCUAGACCAGGGGCGGAGCCCUAGUGGCACAGUGGUUAAGAGCUUGGCUGCUAAUCAAAAGGUUGGCAGUUUGAAUCCACCAGUUGCUCACUGGAAACCCUAUGGGGUGGUUCUGCUCUGUCCUAUAGGGUCUCUAGGAGUCAGAAUUGACUUGAUGGCAGCAGGUUUUUUUUUUAGAUUAGGGCUUGGCAAACUCUCUCUGUAAUGGAUCAGAGAGUAUUUCAGGCUUUUCAGGCCAUACAGGCUGUUGCCACAACUCAGCUCUGCUGUUGUAGUGUGGAAGCAGCUAUAUGUAAACAGAUGGGAUGGCUGGAUUUGGCCUGCAGGCCAUAGUUUGUCAACCCUGCUCUGGACUUUAAGAGAUGUAAGGAAUUUGAGAAACUACCUGCUGGUGGUUUCUUAGAAGAAAUUUAAAAACUGGAAUAUAAGAAUUCUGGAGGUCCUGGGUUCCCAGUCCAGCUUUGCAACAUGUCCUAAUUCUGAUCUUGGGCAAAUUACUUAAGCUUUCUGUGCCUUGAUAUCCUCCUCUCUAAUUGAAGAUAAUCAUAUAUAAUUUAUGGAGGUGUUGAGAGGAAGGAUUAGAUAAGACACAAAAUACUCAGUGAAGUGCCUGGCACAUAGGAGGCACUUGGAAAAUGUUCACUGUGAUUACCCUCAGUUGUUUUUACAGAGGAAGGAGCUGAGGUCCAGACCCAUUGAGGGACUUUGUCUAACAUUUCAGGGGUAGUGGCAGAACCAGCUGUGUUUGUGAAAAUCUCACCCCUUGGAGCCUCUGUCACUUUUACUGAAAAAUGAAGAGGUUGGAUAAAAUCAUCUCUUGGGACCUUCUAGUUCCACUUGCUAUCGU